AUGGAAGGAACAUAUGGUUGGAUUACUGUAAAUUAUUUGAUGAAUGGAUUUAUUAAUGAUAAUGGUAAACCAUAUAUUGCCAAUAUAUCAUCAGAAAAACCAGAUUUGGACGUAGAUUUGGAUGAAAUUGAAAAUGCAAUGUUUCAAAUCAGCAUGGCUGGUAAGUUAUUGCAUGAGAGAAUUGACGUUCUAAAGAUAAUUGAUUCGGGUGGACCACCUUUCCAAGGUAUAAAUAACAUUAAUAAUAUAGCAGUGAGUUGGGCUCUUGGUAAAAUGGUUUUAGAAGCUUCAGCAUCAAUAAAAUCAUCAGAGAUGAUACCACCACCACUUCAUCCACAAGGUCAUGACUAUUAG